CCUCUGAGACACUGUGCAGAUAGAUAUCCCCGCGCUCGUGUCCAUCUCUGGUGCUGAACAGAAGCUAAUCGGCUUUGGUUUAGUUGCAAAAGAGAAACAUACUUUGUGCCUGUCCUGCACAGACAUAUUAAAGUAAUGGGUCUUGCAAAGGAAAUAAGCACUCAAUUUUCUCGAUCGCAUACUAAGGAUAGUGGGGCGUCAUAAAUGCACGCAGCGUCAAUGGAAGUCGAUGCAGUUUUAGGAGCUGGAGAAUGUUGAAAACCUGUCGUAACUCGAAUGGAUUUUUGAUUUAACAGGUCUUUGAAGAGUUAUAUAAUUUUUGUGCCUGUUAUCUUUAAAUGUCAGUCCUUUUCUUGUUAUUAUCGUUAACGGGGAACUGCCGAACUGAUAGGCUUUCUUACGCAUCUAGAACAAACCCUGCGCGCAGAGAGCACAGACUUGCAGAUAGUGUUGCGAACCGGGCGUCUGCCGUACCUGAUCGGUAUGGAUGUGUCCAAUCUUUGGGAAAUUGUGCAGCGAAAACGUGCCAUGGAAUAAUGUGGGAAUACAUCAGAAAUGGACCAAGAGAAUGUGAUUCACCCAUUUGUGGUUAGACGUCUGAUAUCAAAGGUCAAAAAGUGAACUGUUUCUCACAAGAGGAGAAGGAUUCCCCUCCCCACUAGUAGAGCAUCCCGAAGAAGUCAUCCAUCCAAGUCAUUCAUCUGUAGCUGUUAGGAACACUGCGAGGGCCCAUGUCAUGAUGAAGCCGGGGGUUCCACAGAGGCUGCUGAAGAAGAAGAAUGAGCUCCGGAAGAUUCUGAGGAAAUCUGUGUCUUUUUAAACGCGGUCUGUCAUUGGCUCCCCAUCCAUUAGUGGGAGGUGCUUAGGCAGUGAUUGACAGGCCUCAUCCUGUGUGGGAACCUAUGGCAGAGCAGCAGCACAAUACAGGUUCCUCUGUGUGACUCCACCAUGGGCCACGUGCUGUGGGCGCUGCUGGUCCUGGGAGUGGUGGUGGUGACGACGGCUCAAGCCUGCCCCAAGUACUGCGUGUGCCAGAACCUGUCCGAGUCCCUGGGCACCCUGUGCCCGGCCAAAGGCCUGCUGUUCGUGCCGCCCGACAUCGACCGCCGCACCGUUGAGCUCCGUCUGGGCGGCAACUACAUCCUGCGUAUCACCCAGCAGGACUUUGCCAACAUGAGCGACUUGGUGGACCUGACGCUCUCGCGUAACACCAUUGGCUACAUCCAGCCCUUCUCCUUCGGGGACCUGGAGACUCUGCGCUCGCUGCACAUGGACAACAACCGGCUGACCGAGCUGGGCCCGGAUGACCUGAGGGGACUGGUCAACCUACAGCACCUCAUCCUCAACAACAACCAGCUGGGCCGCAUCUCCGACAAGGCCUUCGAGGACCUGGCCCCUUCACUGGAGGAUCUUGACCUGUCCUACAACAACCUGAGAGGGCUCCCCUGGGACACUAUCCGGCAGAUGGUCAACCUGCACCAGCUCAGCUUGGACCACAACCUUCUGGACUACAUCCCCGAGGGGACGUUCGUGGACCUGGAGCGCCUGGCCCGCCUAGACCUGACGUCCAACCGUCUCCAGAAGCUCCCGCCGGACCCCAUCUUUGCGCGGGCGCAGGACCUGGCGCUGUCCACCACGCCGUUCGCGCCGCAGCUCUCCCUGAGCAUCGGCGGCAACCCGCUGCACUGCAACUGCGAGCUGCUGUGGUUCCGGCGGCUGGAGCGCGACGACGACCUGGAGACGUGCGCUUCGCCUCCCGGCCUCAAGGGGCGCUACUUCUGGAACGUGCGCGAGGAGGAGUUCCAGUGCGAGCAGCCGCUCAUCACGCAGCACACGCACCGCAUGCUCGUCCUCGAGGGCCAGACGGCCAGCCUGCGCUGCGAGGCGGUCGGCGACCCCACGCCCACCAUCCACUGGAUCGCGCCAGACGAGCGUCUCCUCGGCAACUCGUCCCGCACUGUCCUUUACGCCAACGGCACGCUGGACAUCACCAUCACCACCUCCAAGGACUACGGUACGUUCACCUGCAUCGCCGCCAACGUGGCCGGCGAGUCCACCGCCACCGUCGAGCUGUCCAUCAUCCAGCUGCCGCACAUCAGCAACGGCACGGGACCGGCUGUCCAGCCCAAGUCCAGGCUCUCGGACAUCACAGGCACGACCAGGACCAGCAAAGGCGCACCGAAGCCCCAGCCCGAGCGAGCCGUGUCCAUCUCGGACGUGACUGCCACGUCCGCGCUGGUCCGCUGGUCGGUCAGCAAAGCCACUCCCAAGGUGAAGAUGUACCAGCUCCAGUACAACUGCUCCGAUGAUGAAGUCCUCAUCUACAGGAUGAUACCCGCCUCCAGCAAGGCCUUCCAUGUCACCAACCUGGUGUCGGGCACCAAGUACGACCUGUGCGUGCUGGCAGCCUGGGACGACACGGCCACCACGCUGACUGCCACCAACGUGGUGGGCUGCGUCCAGUUCUUCACGCGCGACGACUACCCCCAGUGCCAGUCGUUGCACAGCCAGCUGCUGGGCGGCACCAUGAUCCUGGUGGUGGGCGGCGUGAUCGUGGCCACACUCCUCGUCUUCAUCGUCAUCCUCAUGGUGCGCUACAAGGUGGGCGACAACGGCGAGCCACCGGCCAGCAAACUGACCAACGUGAGCGACACUUACUCGCAGACCAACGGCGGGCGGCUGGGCCAGAACGGCAUGCCCAUGCCGCCGCUGCGGCCCUCGUUGUCGGUGUCAGUGGGCUCGGCAGGGUCGGCGAUGGCCAAGCCCAAGGUGACCAUGCGCGACGAGGUGGUGGAGUUCAAGUGCGGCUCGCUCCAGAGCAGCCUCACCUCCUCGGACUCGUCGGACUCUGACUCGCUGGACGGGGACGGCGGAGGUGGGCGGAGAGGGGCAGGAGGAGGAAGAGAUGGCUCCUAUAGCCCCAACUCCGCACUGGCCAGUAUCUGGCGGUCAGCAACCCCCAAGCCCCGCACCAACCUGGACCAGCUCCUGGGCGCCUUCAACUCGCUGGACCUGCGGAGCCAAGCGGGCGGGGCCUCGGGCGGCUCGGCGAGCGGGCUGGGCCGGGGGCUGAGCGGCGUUGGCGGGGCAGGGGGCGCCGGCGGCCCGUCCACGUCCUCCUCGUCGGCCGCCGCGCCGCCGACCGACAAGGAGCCGCUGCUGGGCCGGACUCUGGACUCGCGGCUGAGCCGGCUGCUCAUGCUGCCGCUGGACGCGCGGCCAAAGCGCAGCCACUCCUUCGACAUGGGCGACUUUGCGGCCUCCACCGGUCAGCAGCUGUGCAGCUACCCGCGCCGCAUCAGCAGCAUCUGGACUAAGCGGAGCCUGUCCGUCAACGGCAUGCUGCUCCAGUGUGACGAGGAGCUGGACACGGGCGGCAGCAAGGGCACCAUAGACAGCGGCUCCGACUGGGUCAUGGAGAGUACUGUGUAAAGACAGAGAGAUAUAUAAAAAAACGACAGAGAGAAGACAAAGAGAAACAGAGAGAGAGAGAGAGAGAGGGAGGGAGAGAGAGAGAGGGAGAGAAAGAGGGAGAGGGAGAGUGAAUGAGAGACAAUCUUGAGAUUAUAUGUAAGUAAAUAUAGAGUAUAUGGAUACACUAAAGAUAUAUGGAUUAAGCGAAAGCAAUGCAGUUGGACCCAAGGAACACUGGGAACACUGGGAUGUGGUGUUUCUGCGUGUGUGUCUCUCUCUCACACACCUGGUUCUGCAUGAAGCUCAUCUGUGUUCAGUAUUGGUUAUGUUUUGUUUCUCCAGUGUUGUGACAAAAACAAACAAACAAACAAACAAACAAAAAAAUGACAUUCAUGAUACGCCUUUACAGUUUCGGGACUGAACGUUUGAAGGAUCAGGUUGGUAGGAGAGUGGAUUUCCUAUGUGUGCCAGCUGUGUGUUUUUAAUGUGUAUAAGUGAAUAAUCUGCUUAUGACUAUAUGAGUGUGUGUGUGUGUGUGUGUGUGUGUGUGUGUGUGUGUGUGUGUGUGU